UCCAAAUAAUAAAAUUUGGCUCAAAUAUUACUUCCUCUGUUCCAUUUUAUGUGACGCUUUUCAUUGUUCAAGAGCGAAACGAUUUAACUUUGACUGGAUAUUUGCAUAUGAAAUUUUUAAAUUUUUUGAAAUGAAAUUUAUAUAUUUAUAAAUUGUGUAAAGAUAAGUCACAAUAAUUGAUAAUUCAAAAUGUUAAAAGGAUCAAUUAAAAAGUUACGGUCAAAGAUACACUUGUUUAAAUCACAAAACGCGAAAAGUGCUACAUAAAAUGAGAAACUUUUUCUAAUAUUUAAGAAUAUAAAUUGAUUGCUGAAUAAUGACAAAUUAUAUGAACAAAACACGCGAUUAACAAAGAAUGAUAAUAUCUAACUACAUAAAUGAUAUCAAAACCAAAAAAAAAUACAAAACACUCUCUCUCUCUCUCUCUCUCAUCAUUUCAUUCAUUCAUGGCUUUUCUUCAAUAUUAUCAUCAAUUUCAACUUAUUUUACUCAUUUUCUUCUUGUUGUUGUUCAUCUCUUUUUCACAUUCUUCACCUAUCUCUAUUCAUGAUCUUUUAAAAUCCAAAGGCUUACCAUAUGGUCUUCUUCCAAAAGAAGUAAAAUCUUAUAAUUACUCAACAACUAAUGGGCUUCUUGAAGUUUAUUUAGAUGGGCCUUGUUUGACUAAGUUUGAUACAAUAGCCUUUUAUGAGAGUUAUUUAAAAGCUAAUCUUACUUAUGGUAGCCUUAAUGGUGUUCAAGGAUUUUUACAAGAAGAAUUAUUUGUGUGGCUACCUGUUAAAGGAAUUAUUGUUGAUGAUCUUAAUUAUGGGAUUAUACUUUUUGAUAUUGGAUUAGCUCAUAAACAACUUUCACUUUCACUUUUUGAAGAUCCACCACAUUGUAAUCCAAAUGGAAUUCUGAAAAAGAAAACUGAAACAGGACACAGAUUUGAAGCACAAAGAUAGAAAAUGUUGUCUUGUGAUUUAGAUAUUAACUUAUAACAUAUUAGGCGUGUUUCUCAUUUGAUGUUUGAUAUUUAUUUUGAAAAAAAAUUAUAACGAAGGUAAAAUAUUUAAUUUCUUUCCAAAGUCAGACUUCAUGUCCUGACAACUACUGCUCAGAUCUUAUGAUUAAGAAUGACGGAAUACUUAACACGCGACUGUAACUUUUUGAUAGUGUAUUAGUUACAUAUUGGUUUCUUGAAAUUGUAGGAUAUAUAAGAGUCUCUAUUUAGAUGAAUGGUUGGUAGAGAAUUUGGAGAUAUAAGAUCUAUUGUUGAUUA